UGGAUCUAGCUGGCAUCCACCAGCACCUUGCUCCCCUUCGUUCUGGGGAUGCAGUAUCCCCACAUCUCAGUGUGGUGUAUCAGUUGUUGGGGGGCUCCCAGCUCAAAAUGUGAGCACAGUUUCUCCCAGCAGCACGAGGCAGCUGCUCCACGCCCUUGAAAUUCCUGUGAGUGAGUUAAUUAUAAAUCACAGCCAGGCCCAUGGUGAUGGAAUCCGGCUGGCACAGGGCUGGUUCACAGCCAACCCUGGCCCAAUGGGGCACCCCAUGGUCCUUCCCCUCUGAAUUUUGCUUGGAUGCCCAGGAGAUCCCAUGGGGGGUCAAGGAGUGGGGAUGAUCGGGAGAUGCUGCAGGUGGAGGAGGGUGGCCCAAAGGCACAUGGGUCCCCAUUGGGGUCUUCCAAGCACAGGUUGCCCUCAUUGGAAGGGAGCUUGAAAACCUCCAGAUGGAGACUGCAAAACCUGUAGCAACCCCACAGCACGUCUGGAUGUGAUCCUGGGCAAGCGGCUCCUGAGCAGAGGGUUGGAUAUAACGUCCCACUGAUCUGUUGCAGCACAGGUUUCAGUUUGCAUUGCAGUGAUUUCCCUCCUGCCACUUCCUGAUGGCAGCAGAGUGUGUACCUUCAGCACAGCGAUGAGCUGGGGGAAAACUGAUAGCAAAGCGGGAGGAUUAGCUGGAGAAGGUGGAGCAGGCUGCACUAUUCAGGCUUUGUGAGGAAGAACAAUAGGGCCUUUAUUGGGGAAGGGAGGUGGUGGGGUUGGCAUGCUGGGGAUAAGUUGGUGUACAGUGUCCCUUAGGCAGCUGGGGGGACAGCAUGUAGGGGUGUGGGAUGGAACAAGUUGGUUCCCAAAGUGUCCCUCGGACAACUGGAAGGACAGGGAACUGAGAUGUGGGAUGUGGGAUGGGACAGGCUGGUAUCCAGUGCUAACCCUUGGCUAGCUUGGGGAAAAAGGACAUGACAUGGGACAGGUUGGAACUCAGAGCAUCUCUUGGCCAACUAAGGGGAUAGGGAACUUGGCCAUGGGAUGUGGGAUGGGGCAUUUUGGUACCUGAUGUGUCCCUUGGCCAGUUGUCGUGACAGGGAAGUAAGACAUGGAGCAUGGGAUCUGAUAUUCGACAACCCAGCAUGUCCCCUGGCUGGCUGAGGGAUAAGAUACUGGGACAUGGGAUGGGACACACUGGUAUCUAGUGUGUCUCUUGGCUGGCUGGGGCACAAGGAACUGGGAGGGGAUAUUUUGGUACCUACUGUGUCCUUUGGCUAGAUGUAGGGAGAGAGAACUAGGACAUGGGACAUGGGAUGGGACAGGCUUGUAUCCCAUAUGUCCUUGGCCAACUGAAGAGAUAAAUAUGAUAUGGGAUGGGGCAUGUUCCUUGGCCAGCUGGCAAGAUGAAGAAUCUGGGACAUGAGGGAUGAGAGAGUUUGGUACCCAUUGCAUCCCCUGUGGUGGGACUCUUGGGACACCCAGCUGAGGCCCUUUGUAGCUGAGAACAGACAGCAUCCCAUGCUGGGAAUGUCCCACACUGGGCACUGCCACCCGCUCCUGACCUCAGCAGAGGGAUGGAUGGGGAUGGAGGAAGCCACCAUCUGUGGGCUCCCCCUUGGCAGCAGUGCAGCUCUCCCUGAAUUGCUGCCUGGGUCUUUUCAUCUCAUCUCUUUUGUUUCAGGCUUAUUAUGUAAAUAGCUGAUGCAGCCCCUGUAAUGAGAAAGUAGUUUCCCAGAAUACAAAAGGCUGUAAUUAUCUCAUUAGCAGGCAGAAAGGAAAAGGAAGCGUUUCUGAGCCACUUGCUUUUAUUUCCCACAGAAGCUCAAGAAAGUGCAGCCCCCAAGGGUGACCUCAGUGUCCCAUCUCCUGCCACCCUGACUUCAUGCACAGAGAGGCACAGUGGGUCCUGAUGUCUCCUACCCAGCCACAUCCUGGGGGCUGAUGGCUUCUAACUGAGAGCAGUAACUCCAGGACUGCUGUGGGUCCCCUAUUCCCCAAAGCAGUAUUUCCCAGCAGGAUUCCCAAGCUGAGAUGAUAGUGUAGGUAUGGUGCAAAUGGCAGAGAUGAGUGGCCUGGGGAAAGGAGGAGAGCUCCAGGUCCUUGGAAAGCACAGGGAGUUCUCCUGACGUUGUCUGGAUUCUGGCGAUGGAAAAAGCUUGUGGGAGGGAAGUCAGCAAUUUGCACAGUCCGCAGACAGGUUCACGUCAAGCAGGGCUGUGCUUCUGUGCCAUAUUUCAGUGGUGGAAGAAAACCUGGCAGCCACCAAGUCAGGAGAGGGGAGAAGGAGUUGGGGGAGGUGCAGAAACAAUGAUUUGAGGGAUGGAAAGAAUGCCUGGGAGCGAGCAGUUGAGAAACCUCAUUCUGUUUUCCUCUUCAAAGUGAGGCAAUUUGAGAAGGGUGAAGGAGAAGAGGAGAUGCUGACAUGCUGGAGCCAGAUCAGAGCAGAGCAGAGGUGUCCCUGCUUCUUGCAUGCACUCAUGUGGGCAUGGUGGUAGAAAUGGUGGAGUCACCAUCCCUGGAGGUGUUCAGGAAACAUGGAGAUGUGACACUGAGGGACGUGGUUUAGUGGGCAUGAUGAGGACGGGUUAACAAGUUGGACUAGAUGAACUUAUUGGUCUUAAUGAUUCUAUGAUUGGCCUGCUUUGGGCCCAGCAUGGCCAUAAGAAGGUAGCACAUGAGCAGCAGUAACAAAGAAAACCUUGCUGGAGAAAUGAGGCAAGUCCAUCCAACCUCUGCAGCAAUCCUCCAUGCAGGGACAGGAGGUGGGCUCCCAUCUCAUUACUGCUUCUGGAGGUGUUUCCUGGGGAUGCAGGGUGUCCAUACCAACCCCAGCAGCAACCUUUGAGGUUGUGGUGCUUUUCUGAGACUCAGGCUCAAACACCAGGUUGGAUAUGAGGAAAAAAUUCUUCUCAGAAGGAGUGGUGAGGUAUUAGAAAAGGCUGCCCAAGGAGGUGGUGGAGUCAGCAUUGCUGGAGGUGUUCAAGGAAAGGGUAGAUGUUGCACUAAAGUGACAUGACUGGGUGGCUGAACUAGAUUAUCUUACUGAUCUUUCAAACCUCAAUGAUUCUAUGGGCUUCCAAGGAGGUUCUUGCCCAGCCUAACUGCAGGUUUUGCGUUUCAGUGCUGGUUCUCCUCCAGGGCUUGUUAACCUCCAAACACAGGUGGUUUUGCUCCCUACAGUCUGCUGUCAUCCCACAGCUAGCCUAUUAGUGGUCUUCCCUUCUUCAUCCAUGCAUCUUUCUGUAAGAAGCUGAUAUGAUCACAGCACUUUCCUUUCAAACUGUGACACUUUUCCUAUCCCGCUCCAUCACCUUGGACCAAGGUGACUCAAGGCCAGGUUGGAUGGUGCUUUGGGCAGCCUGGUCUAGUGGAAGGCAUUCCUGCCCAUGGCAGCUGGAGCCAGAUGGUUUAUUAAGAUCCCUUCCGACCCAAACCAUUCCACUGUUCUAAGAAUUGCUGUUCUCCAGACACCUCUCUGGCACCAGUGCCAACAAACUGGAAAACCAACAGAGCCCUAGGCACUGUGCAGGUGUAGGUCCUACAGAAACGAGUGUUUAUGCCCUUCCACUGAUUGCGUGCUCAUUAAAACCCAAGCAAACCAACUUGACAGCUGAAGGUCGUGGGCACACCUGUUACGAGGUGCAUGGGGGGGGGAUUUUUGACCUUUGGGUGCCUUUGCAGGAGGAGGAAAGUGGGAACCACACGUGAGCAUUCCAAUGCACUGCAUUGCUCUCAGGCUGUUUGCUGUCGCCUGCCCUGCCUGCGAGCAGCGAUUGAUUUCCCUCCCACGUGGCACAGUGCCUAGUGCCACUGACCUGUGCCUCCACCUCACCUGUGAGCUGCCAUGGCCACGCUAGAGACGCUGCCAGUUCUUAGUGACCCAACGUACCCCAAUCCAGAGCACUUCCACGGGUUUGUUCCUCGGCCAUCCCAAAACACCUCCCGGAGCAUCAUGGGGAGCGUGGGGAGCGGAGUGGCCAACGACCAGGAGUUUGCCAUGAAGAGCGUGGGGACCCGAACGCAGAGCAGCGGCCGGCAGAUGGAGGGGUCACGCAAUGGGUUCUCCACAAGGGAGAUCUCCAACCGCUACUCCGGCGAGGAGAAGACGUACAAGUCAGAGAAGGUCUCCAAUUCCCUCUACAUCAACGGCGACCUGCGUAAGAGCGAGAAGGUGAAGAUGGACAUCUGUGGGAAUGUGACCACCAACAACGAGAAGAACAUGCCACCUCCUCCCCAGUACCGAGAGCCCAGUAACCCACCAAAGAUAUUGCCAAUCUCCGGCAAACUAGACCAGAGCAAUGAGCCCUUAGUUAGACCCUCAGCCUUUAAACCAGUAGUUCCUAAAAACUUCCAUUCCAUGCAGAACCUCUGCCCGCCGCAGAGCAACGGGGUGACAGAGAACAGAAAGAGCUUGAACCACGCCAACAGCAAUAGCCCAUCCGCACCCAAAAGUGGACUCGACAAGAGCAGCCUUAACAGGACUACAAACCAAGUGGGAGGCCUUUCGGAUUCGGGCCGUAACUCGUUAACGAGUCUGCCCACGUAUGGGACAGGCUACAGCCAGCACGUGGGCCCCAUGAGCGCCUCGACCAGCCACAUCAACCGCAUCGGCACGACCUACACGGACAAGAACAUCGUGGGGUACAACGGGAUAUCUACCUCAGACAGCGGCCGCUCCUCGAGCAAGAGCACCUCGUCGUUCAACAGACUGAACCAUCUCAACGAAACGAUGCCUUUCCACUCUCCUUCCACCGACGACAUCAUCCAAGACUUGGAAGACAGGCUGUGGGAGAAGGAGCAGGAGGUGCUCCAGAUGAGAAGAAACUUGGACAAGAGCGAGGCAGCCAUCUUCCAAGUGUUUGAGGAGAAGCAGAAGAUCUGGGAGCGGGAAAUGGAGGAUCUCAGGCAAAACUACGCCAACAAAUUGCAGCAGGUCUCUAAAAAGGCGCAGCGGGCGCAACAGGCCUUGCAGCUCCAGAUAUUCAAGCUGCAGCAGGAGAAAAAAAAACUCCAGGAUGACAUGGGGCAACUCCUGCAGCAGCGAGAGGAGCUGGAGAAGAAAUUUGUGGCUUUCAAGAAGGAGCAGGCUGAGUUUCUCCCGAAGAUUGAAGAGACCAAAUGGGAGGUGUGCCAGAAGGCGGGUGAGAUCUCCCUGCUUAAGCAGCAACUGAAGGAUUCCCAAGCAGACGUCUCCCAGAAGCUGAACGAGAUUGUGGGGCUGCGGACACAGCUCAAGGAAGGUAAGAACUUCCUCCGGGAGAAGGAGGAACAAAUCCUCACCUUGAAGGACUCCUACAGCUCCAAGAGCGUCAACCUGGAGAUCUGCGAGAGCGAGCUGCAGCGGAAGAUGAGCGAGGUCCAGGUGCUGAGGGAAAAACUGAACCACUGUGAGCUGGAGGUCUCAGGACUGAAGCGGACACUUGCCAGCAUGGGACCUCCGGGGCCUUUUGGUGGGGACCUGGCUGAGAAGCUGCAGGACCCGCUGGCCUGUGAAAGCGACGAGGCCAAGAUGCAGAGGCAGAGCAGCGAGGACAGCGUCAACGCGCUGCGGAAGGAGGUGGAGAGGCUGCAGACGGAGCUGAAGCUGGAGCGGCAGCAACGGGAGCAGCAGGUGAUGGACUUCGAGGAGGAACGGCGCACGUGGCAAGAAGAGAAGGAGAAAGUCAUCAAGUACCAGAAGCAGCUGCAGCUGAACUACGUGGAGAUGUACCAGAAGAACCAACUCUUGGAGCACAAGGUGAACGAGAUGAACACAAAGACCACCAGCCCGCCGCACACCGAGGAGAAAAAAACGUGGACUCCUUCCAGGCUGGAGCGAAUAGAGUCCACUGAGAUCUGAGGUGGGACCAGGACAAUACCCGUGAUUCUUUUUAUUGCUGUGCAUGUACUACCUGCUCAAGCCAGUGGUCCUCUGAAGGAUAACACAAUACCGUAGGAGCGGUGUGAGGUGGCUUGCACUGAGCUCCAUCACCCUUACUCUAUUCUUCUGUGCUCUGUAGGUAAAUAACCGUGGACGUGCGUUGUUUUUCUAUCGAUAAAGCGACAUCUCUUUGUUUGGUUUUUUUUCCUAGUACAGCUGGUGAGGGUCAAUUGGCUCAUUUGUAAUCUGCCGUGACUGUUACUUCACUAGAGGCUGCCAUCCCCUCUCCUACAAUUCACCCCUCUUUGGUUGGUUGUUUUGGAGGGUUGUACUUGGUUUCUUUGGUUUUCCAAGCACUUCUGUGCAGCAAAGCAGUGCAAAUUUGGCAGGUUUUUUUUUAAUUUUUUUUUUUCUAGGGCAUUUUUAGCCACAUUGGCUAACGAAGCAGAGCUCUUGGGAUCAUGAGCAAACUCACUGUUUUGCAUCAAGUAUCUUGUCUAGACAACGGUCUUAGUGAAGUCAGUGGGAGAUUGGCCGCUGAUUUCACUGAAACCAGACAUAUCUCCAGCAGAUGACUCUCUCUUGCAGCCCAUGGCUAGCAUGGUUGCAAGAGGUUAGGACCUACUUGUGAAGCAGUGUGAGCUAGUCCUGGUAACAUAAGCCAACAAGGAGUGGUUACUCAGUAGGAGCCUUGUUUGAGACUCAACAGAGCUUGGUACAUGCUGUGUUUUCGUUUUGUUGUGGUUUCUGUCUUCAUUUCCACUUGCCUCCUGGGUUGUGACCUGAUCCUGGGAGCAUAAAUACCCUCCCACCUCUGCCUUGAUCCCUCUGUUCUUAAAUAUAUUCAUGCUGGAUACAGAAAAGAAAAAAAAAAUAUUAGAUCCAAGCUAGUUCCCUUUCUCCAGAGUCCUCUGAAUUCCCACAGUCAAUGGAACAAGGUUUGGGGAACCCCCAAACCUGUGGGUUGUUUAUGCAAACAGAAGCUUUAGCAAUUUCCCAAUAGUGGACAAUUGUACUAACCCAUUCCCAAAAGAGAGACAGUUUGGUGCAUUCUCUCUGCCCAGGGUCUAUUUACAAAUGGCAUCCAAGCCUCACUCAGGAGCUGCAGGGAGCACAUAUCAGCACUACCACUAGAUUGCAGUGAGGGAAGUGAGCAUCAGCCUUCAGCACAACCAUUUGGAAUAGUGCCCAUCGUGAUCCCACAUGGCAUCAUCUAUUCCAGGAUUAGAGAUAAUGCAGGGCCAGCUUAAGAAAAUUGUCAGCUACUAACUCAGAGUAUGAGAGCAUUCAUAAGAAGACACAGUGCUUAAGAUCAUACAAGUGCUUAUGCCCUGGCAGAAGAAUAAUAACCAAAUCCUACAUGUGCACUCACUGAACAUGAUGCAGACACCAAAACACAGCAUUUCACUUUAAAAGGUGGGCAAAAUUCUCCCUUUCACAGACACUUUUCUACCAUGAUCUACAGCAAAGAAUAAAAAGUGCUGUAAAGUGGGAUUUGUACUGACUGGGCAGUAGCCAAAGGAUCAAUGCAAGUGGAAAUUUAGGCUCUUUUCCCUGAGGAGCAGCUAGAAGAACAAAGGCAGAAUUUAUACCUUGGGAGGCCUGUAUGAGGUGACUUCAGGGAGGGUUUGGACUGAUGAUGCCUGCACAAUAAGGAAGAACCUCAGAGUGUUGAGAGGCUGAAGACCUUUCAAACAAAAGUCCAGAAGCCACUUUCCUUCCACAUUCCCUUCCCUCUGAGCACUCCCCUCUCUGUCACCAGAUCUGACCUUCAUGCUGGGGUGAUGUGGUGUUAUGGUGAGCUACAGACUGAGCAAAGAGGCUGAGCAGGACAGAAGGGACUCCACUGAUUUCACCAACCUCCAGCCAAAGUCAACAGACAGUGCUACAGUGAGGAGCUGCUGGUAGCUGGCAGUGAUCCCUGGAGCUGUAAAACAAAUGGAGAUGUGCAAUGAGACCAGGGUAUUUCAAGACUCCAGUCCUCCAGCAAGGACCUGGCAGAAGGUCAUUGGCACAGAACUGCUUCAACCUGCUGGAAUCAAUGGAGCAGGUCCUUGGUCCCCAUGCCAGCCCUCCUCUUUGCUUUGGUGUUUCAGAGGCUGCAGCCUGAGCCAGAGGCUCUAAAGACAUCCUACAUAUGCUGCAUACACCCUUAGCAGGUAGAUCCUUGGGCUUCCUCCAUUUCAUACACUGAGCUUUGUAGAUGGAGCAGAACACCCCACAAUGUCAGGGUUGAAGUUAUGAUGUCUUGUGUUAUCUCAGCUUUCUGUGCCUCUCUUUCCACAUCUGUAUCGUCUUCCAUCCCAAAGCAGCUGACAGGGCCUUGUGCUUGUGAAGGGUUUUGCAGUCCUUGGACAUAAAGGGCAAAGCAUGGAGGAAAUGUAAGAAAUGCAAGAAGUUUCAAGUCUCAAAUGCCUGUCUCUUGAUGAUUUUGAAGCCACCACACAAAAAGGAAACAGUCCAUCAACAGAAAGUACCCUGGCCAUAAGAUGGGUCCAGUGAUCUAUUUCACUGUUGGGUCAUCGUUCUUCACAGCCCUGCUGAAUUUGAGGUUGGUUUCCUAUUAACCAUUGCAAGAACCAGGCUUUCAGUCAGUGGCUCAAGAACUCCUACAGUGAUUGAAUUUUGAGUAUCUGAUGUUGAGGAGGUGUACGUUACGUUUCCCCACUGCGUUAACAUCCAAGAGGAACUGGCACCAGCAUCAUCCUGUGGGACACCUUCUCACCAGAGCUCCUCAUUAGUCCAGGGGCAGGAAAAACAGGCUCCCCACGUACCCAAAUCCCCCCAGCAGCAAUCAGGCAAGCCCUCCAGUGUUCCAGGCUUGCUCUGUCAUCUUUUUCCCAGAUGUUUAGGGUUUGUUUUUUUUGUUUUUUGGGUUUGGUUUUUUUUUUCAAGGAUGAAUGUGUCUUGACAGUCCCAGCGAAACCUGGAAGCAGCAGGGUUGUCUGAUUGCUGCCCAGGUGCCAAAAUAGUGUUUUGAUGACAUAUCCGAAGAACAGCUAAGAAGAGUCACAUCUUGUCCUCCUUUGAAGUUCAGACAGGGUUGGUAAAAAGCUUCUGUCCUAGAGAGUUUGGGCUUGACCAUAUCCCAGGUACCCCGUCCAUCUUUGCUCAUCCAGCUCUAGAGCUGAUGGGAAUCCAUGUGAUGUACUCAGGUGUAAUUCUUCAGGUUCUGGUAUUGCCCUCAAAAUCUUGCAUGUGAUCAGUGUUUUUACUGAAGCAAGUUAGAGAUAAAUUGUUUUAUAACUUGUCUCUAACAGUAAGAGCUUUGAGUCACAAGGGGUUCAGGUCAAUUGUCCACAGAUAGGAUUUAGAGCCACUAGAGAUGGUCUGAGAUACCUGAUACAUGGGGCAGACCAACAUUACCCGAGCCCUGUGGAAGAACGAGCCAGAGGUGGGAAGACCUGGAGCAUUCCUAGUGGAAUACAACCCAUAUGCAGGAAACUGAGUCAUGCUGCAUGCACACAGCUGUUAUAUGAACAAAUGCAGGGCACUGAUUAACUCCAGCAAAUUCCACCCAUGAGGACUUAGGCUGACCAGCUCUCCUGAUGCAAGCAGAGGAGCAAGCAGCCCUUCUGACCAGUUCCUGGGAGUGAAGUUGAUUUGCUCCACCAUCACGGUGAGGCUGCUGUGAUCCUGUUGCUACAAGGUGCCCACCCAACUAAGGUAGCACCCUUUGCACAGACAGCAUUUCUUUCUCUCCCUGGCUGUGAUGCUUCACACGUUUUGCUUCACACAGUCCCACUCAGGUUCUGCCAGCGUCUCGUGGCAACCAGCUGGAGUUCCAGCUGUCACUAGUGUAAUGCCACAGGGAGAUCUCCUCUGGGUUUCCACUCAAGAUAGGAGUUCAGUCGUUGUUCUUACACUGCUAUGUUAUAUGGAGACAAGUGUACUUGGAUGUGAGUAACAGCCCAGCUCUAUAUAAGGAUGAUUAAAUGAAGAGACAAGAAAGCUUUGUGGCUUCUACACCAGUGAAGGGGUUGGAAGUAGCAGCAGAUGUUGCAUUUGAGCACUGAGCAUUAUCUGGAGGGUGCUCAGCACCCUCUGAGCUUCUAUUGGCUGCACUGGAAAAUGGAUAAGGCUCAGCAAAUCCCAGGAAAGCAAUCUGCUUGGGAUCAGCUCCAAGAGAGCAGCCUGGUGUCACUUUGCGCUGCCUCCAUGCUUGCUUUCACCCUGAGCUAGGACUUACAAUUGCCCCCAGGUUAAGGCUGAAGUCCCCCUGCCCAUCUUAUAUCCCCAGAAAACCUCCUGCACUGGGGCUCCCAGUGGUGUCCCCCCAAGCUCCAUGGGAAGGACCAACCCACCCCCGUCCUGUCCCUCACUGUGGCACUUUACAGCUUGCUUGAGACAGCGAGCUCUGAGAAAUGUGACCAAAGAUCUCUGGAAAGCGUUGGACUGUGUGCUUGGAGCUGACUCCCAGCCUUCCCAGGAAGGAAGAGGCUGAUGUGGGCUGAGGGAGAGGACAGGGUAGAAAGGAGGGUACUUUUCACAGUUCCAGGGUGUCCCCAGCUGGUGAUGCCAGUGUCCUCCUUGGUGCCAAGUAUCUCCAUGUGUCACCCAGGGUGAGUAGGGACUCAGCAGGCAGGAUGGAUCUGAUUCCCCUUUUUUCUUGAGCAGUAAGGAGUUCAUCUGUAAGGAUGCACACCGCGCCAUUACACUUGUCUUCAGAGCCACAGGUCUGUAGUUUAGCAGUCGAAGGCCUGUUCUGGUUCAAUGUGAAUGGGCCAGGAAAAUGUGAGAGCCAGAGGUCCUUCUGACUGUCCCCUUGUUCCCUCCCCAGAUCACCACUGAGCAUCCUCAGCCUCUGCCAUGUGCCCCUGCACCAUGCUUCUGCCCCGUGGCUGUGCUGAGCUCUGCUCCAUUUCUGACAGGAAUAACAGCCUGCUGAUGGGCAGUGGCAGCCCUCACUUCUGUCUGGGAGCAUGUCCUGCUUGCUGUUACUAUAACCCCAUCUUUUCAGUCAAAGCCUUAAAGGGCACUUCACAGAGUUACCUUUCACCAAGAUCCCUCAUUCAAGAUCUGCUCACAAUGUUGCCUGUGUCCUGCUGCCCCUCUGCAUCAGCUCUCCAGACUCUCCUGCCUGAUUUCAGUUCAUUGAUGUAACACUGUCCCAGGAACACUCAUUGCCUUUCCCAGUGCUCUCCCAGACACUUCCAUUAACAAGCAGGAGCUUACACUGAGAGCAGCUUGCCCUGACCCUGCCCUUAGAGGACCUUCCUAGACUACUGAUCCUCACAUCUCUCCAUCAUUCCCAUGUCAGCUACAUCAGCCCUGUUUUAAUUCCAUGAGAGAUCUUGCUUCAUGCUGAAGAACAUCUCCGUGGCCUUUAAUCCUUUGAGAUCACUUCACGGGACUUCAAACCAUCACAAUACUAAACCCAGCCAGCACUGAGGCUUCCCCAGUCUUUCCACCCUUUGCAAAGGCAGGGGUGUAAGGGACAUAAAAGUAACCUUGAUCACACAGCUCCCGUGCCACUGGGUCCCCAUGGGGGCAAUGAGGCACUGGGAUCACAUCCAGCAGUUUUCAGAUGCCAGCUUCCCAAUCAGAUGUUCCACAUUGGCAGCACAACUGUCAGCAAAACAGAAGUGAGCCUGUGCACUUUCAGGAUAAGCCUCUUCCCAGUUUCUCUCCAUGAAGGGGGAUUGCAUCAGAUCUGGAUCCUGGGACAACCUCUGACACGUAUGGUUGUGUUUUCAGGGCUCCUCUACAGAUGUCUUUUCUAAGCAGAAAGUCUCUGCUUUCUGUCACAAAGCAAUAGGUUUUUCUGGGGAGGUUUAAAAAGGACACUUCCCAACUCUGAUACUUGCAGGCAAUCCAGUGCUCUCUUAAAUAUCAUCAUAACUCCAGUUCUGGGCUCUCCUUCAAAAAGCGAUGUGAGGCCAGGUCUGGCUCCAUAUUAGGAAUGUGAAAAAUGUACAAGCCUGGUGGUCCCCAUUCCUUCAGAGAGCCCACGUCCAGCAGGCAAUCAGUGUGGGUCCCUGGGAUGUGUGGACCAUCCUCCUUUGGUGCCCAUCCCGUGACUGUUACUGGGUGCCUGCAGCCAGUCAGCUCACUGCAGAUCACUGACAUGGGAGCCGCUGGGUCCCCAGAGGUGUCUGAACCCAAAAGUCAUAUUUGAUGACAGCCACGCACCAAUGGGAAACAAGGCUUUCCCAUUCCUGGGAGCCAGGCUGUCCUACGAACUCGCUCAGAGAUGAAGAUGCCCAUGGUGGCACACAGGUUCCCUUCCAGUAGCCGAAGGGAGCAAACAUGUCCAGGUAGAGCUCAGACACCGGUGCAAAAACGCACUGCCGCCGGUGCCAAAAUGCUGCACAACUGACCAAUGAGUCUAUGCAGUCCUUUCCCACACAGCAGUGUCCCUGCAGAGCCCAGCCCAAGGAGGCUGGGUCUCCUCCGAGGUGUCUUUGUUUGCACUCAUGUGGACCCGAUAAAUGCUGUGAGCUGAGAGGUGGCCCUUCAGGACUCACUCUCAGCCUUCACCUUGCACAGGGCAGUGCGGUUGCGAGGGUUUCCUCAUCCAAAAUAGAUGCACAUUCUUAAUCACUGGUUUCUGUGUCUCUUCUCCAGGAGAAUAGGCCCCUAAAACCCAGCUCCCCAAUAGUGGGAUGUCAGGUUGGGCGAGCCUGUGCCCCAAGCAAGCCUGUUGUCUGAUCUCACCAGCAAUAAAAGCCCCGUGGGAGAGCAGCCAGAGCUUUCCAGGCUGUGUGUGUGUGUGUAGGAUCUCUGCAUCAGACCCUUUGUCCAACGUUUUGGACCUGCCUGACUGUAAAUUCAACCCCAGCCUUGUGCUUCCCCUCCUCUGUUUGUUUCUUGAAGCCUCGAUCUCUCUCUGCUCUUACUGUGAAUUCAAACCAGAAGUGUUCUGAACUUGACUCUGUUACUGUUUGUUCUGCGUUGACUGUUGCUGGUUCUCUGAACUGCGUUUAACGAGACUUUGCAAAAAAAAAAAAGAAUAAAGAAAAAAAAAAAAAAGAAAAAGAAAAAGAAAAAAAAUUAUAUAUAUAUAUCUAUAUAUAAACUUAAAAAUAAAGUAUUUAAAAAGAAUUCCAUAAGGUUGGGUGUCUCUCCUGUCCACCAAUCACUUCCAAACACUGUUGUCUUGACUUUGCCUCUGGUCAGUGUAUUUAAAGAGAAGAGGUUGAAAAAUGAAGAGAUAAAAUGCAGCAUUCUGGGUUUUUUUUGUGCAGCGAAGGUGUAUCCGUUUAGAAAACUCUUGUUAAAACUAUACCACACUUCACAAUCUACUGCUAGUCUGUUGUACGUUUCCAUGGGGUUAUAAAGAUGUGAAGAGCUACUGCCUUUGCGAUUUUCUACAGUGAAUAUAUAUAUAUCUGUACAGAGGUAUGUAUAUAUAUAAAUAUAUAUGAAGAUCUAUAUGUAUACGUAUCUCUCACUCUCCUAUCUCUAUCUGACUGUGAAGGAUUUUUAUUGAGCAAAAUAAAAUGGAGAAAGGCCCCUUUUA